AUGGAUCAUGAGUGGGACGACCCACAACUCCUGACACAUCUCUUUUCGAGGGAGUACUUCGACACGCUGAUGCUUCUGGCCAAUGCCGCCUGCAAGCUCUUGGCCACACAGCCUCCUUUGGUGGCUGCAUCGGCGCCAUGCCGGGUCUUCGGCGACUUGCACGGACAGCUCCGAGACCUGCUUCUGUACUUUCAUGCUUUCGGCAUGCCCGGUCGCGACGAGACCACCUUUGUCUUCAACGGUGAUUUCGUGGACCGUGGACAACAUCAACUUGAAACCAUAGGCUUGCUCAUGGCCCUGAAGGUGCUUCAUCCCGAGAAGGUCUACUUGAUCAGGGGAAACCAUGAAGAUCGGCUGAUGAACGAGAAGUACGGUUUCAAGCAUGAAUGCAUGCUCAAGCUGGGCAGCGACUUCGGAAAGAAGAUGUUUGACUUGAUGCAAAGCGCCUUUGAUCGCUUGCCAUUGGCAUGCUUAAUCGCCAACCGUGCAUUAGUCUUGCACGGCGGAAUAGGCGAUGGCAUGUGGGGCCUCAGCGAUAUUUGGAACGUGGCCAGGCCUCUCCCAUCGGAGAAGAUACUUUCCAAGGAGAACAGCUGGCUCUUCAACAUCCUUUGGUCUGACCCCAUCGAAGAUGGUGUCCAUUCAGAUCCAAAUACCUUCGGUGUUCACCCGUCGCCGCGGGGAGGCGUCACUGCACAGUUCGCCUGGAACAUUACAAAGACCUUCUGUGCCCGAAAUGGCCUGGGCUUGAUCGUGCGAAGUCAUCAGUCCAAAAAGGGAAGCCGCGGCUUCGACGUGAUGCACAGCAAUAUGUUGAUCCGUGUCUUCUCUGCAAGGGACUACGAGGGCCACGGAAAUGAUGGCGCAGUUCUUCUCAUCACCAAGGGUCGGCCGAGCAACAAACCAGGUGAAGAAGACCUGCUGGUGGUGCGACCUCAAGUAUUAAGGUCCGUCAAAAAGCAAAGAGCCGAGGCCCGGCGCCGCGCGGUGGAGAAUGGCGAAGCGGACGACGCGGAAGAACUGGCCUUCACCAAGAGAUUGAGCACCAGUUCCAAAGGCUCUCGCGGCUCCAAAGGAAGUCGCGGAAGCAGCGGACGGGAUCGACGACUCAGUAGCGCCAGUCUCAGAUCUGGGGAUAGUCCUCGAAGAGGUCGUUUGAGAAGCUGA